UAGCGCUUCCCAUUCAAAGCGUCGUUUGAGGCUCGGCCGCUCGGUCUAAACCAGUUAGUGCCGCGCUCCGUAUCGGCGACAACCCGAAGUCACGCCGUUGCGAAAUCCAGCGCCCGCCCGUUGACGUGGACCGCCUGGGGUCGCUUCGGUCACCGAUCGCGCGUUGCUCAUAGGUGGCAGAGUGGGCGCAUUCAAAGUCGUGGAAAGAAGCGCGGAGACGUCGACCGGCUGCUGUCGGAACUGGGCGUGUCUUUUGUGUCAAGCUGUCAAGAGACACAUGGCUCCCCUCGUGCUCGGCUACUGGGACCUUCGAGGCCUCGGCCAGCCCAUCCGCUACCUGCUGGAACACGCCGGAGUCCCCUAUGAGGACAAGAGGUAUUGCUACGGCGAUGGCCCGGAACCCAGCCGGGACGAGUGGCUGGCGGUGAAGUACAAGCUUGACCUGGACUUCCCCAACCUGCCGUACAUCAUCGACGGCGACGUGCGGAUGACUCAAAGCCAGGCCAUCCUUCGCUACCUGGGACGCAAGCACGGCUUAGCACCAAAGGACGAGGAAACAGUCCGCAGGGUUGAAAUGCUCGAGCACCAGGCCUCCGACAUCGUGUGGGCUGCAGUGCGCGUCUGCUACAGUCCCGACUACACUGAGGAGAUGCGGGUGCAGUUCCUUGUCGACAUCGCCGACAAGCUGCGCCAGGUCGACACCUACCUGGAGAAGCACGGGCCAUUCGGCGCAGGGAAGAGUGUCACAUACGUGGACUUUCUCCUCUACGAGGCUCUCCAGGUACUCAAGACCAUGGGCCCAAGCACCUUCCGCAAGGGCUUCCCUGCACUCGAGGAGUACUGUAAGCGUGUGGCUGCCUUGCCGGGACUCAAGGAGUACCUGGCCUCUGACCGUUUCAAGUCCUGGCCCUUCUGGAGUCCCCACGCCAAGGCUCUUGCGGCGCAGAACAAACCACCCGCCGACGACUGCUGAGCGAGUCGGUCGAGUGAUCGGAUCUCCUUUCCUUGCUGUGAGCUGCCUUGCUUGAAGAAUGAUGCACUGCCUUUUGCGUUUGCUGUUUAAAAUAAAGUAUUCUUGCUUUUCUCAA